AAAAUUUGCUCAUGCCAGCUACACAAUUCUACUUCAACUAUUCUCGUUAUAAUCGCAUACAUUGACUAUCACCCAAACCACAAGAAAACAACAUGCACUGCCAUCUCAAACUCAAAGCGUCCCAACCUCCAUUUCCCUACAUCUGUCAAUCAUUGCCACCCCGAACCCCAACCCCCCCACAUCACCAUCUUCAUCAUCAAAUGAUCCACCCCAUUUAUUUUUAAAAAAAAUCAAAAAAAUCCAAUAUUAUAUGUUAGAUAAUCCUCCAUAGAAAUUUUAUUUUCUUCUGGGUCCCACCUUCUCCAUUAGUCAACCUCCACAGCCUCCUUGCUCUACAAACAAACCCACACGACACGACUCAUUCAAACCCUCAACUAUAUUCAUUCUCUCUUCUUCCCUCUACCUCUCUGUAUACAAAGCUCAUGGAGUAGAGCCAACCCUUUUCUGCCCUUUCCGGUUUCUGCUUCUCUUUGAACAGCAAACCUUAAACCCUAAACUAGUAGUGAUUAUGAGUUUCAACCAUGCCGCCUUGUUGGCGUGGACGCUCAGCUUCCUCCUGUUCUCUCAGCAGAUCACAGCCCAAUACGCACCGCCUCAGCCACCAUCCAACAACUCAGGCGGGCCGAGGUUCGACAUCAAGAUGGCCGUGGUGAUGGUGGUCCUGGUCGUCGUCUUCUUCAUCCUCGGCUUCUUGUCCGUCUACACCCGCCAGUGCGCCCAGACCCGCCUCCAGGGGCAUGUGGACCUUGCGCUCCGCAACGGCAUGGCACGUGGGCUCGACCCCGCCGUCAUCGAGACCUUCCCGGCUUUCCUCUACUCCGACGUCAAGGGGCUCCAGCUCGGCAAGGACUCGCUCGAAUGCGCCGUGUGCUUAAACGAGUUUCAAGAUGACGAAACGCUGCGUUUGAUCCCCAAAUGCGAUCACGUGUUCCACCCGGAUUGUAUCGACACGUGGCUGCUCUCUCACUCCACUUGCCCGGUUUGCCGAGCCUACCUGGUUCCCAAGCCGGGCGAAGAGCCCUACACUUGGGUUGACCCGACUGACCCCGAUAUCGAAUCAGGUCAACCUGAUGCAGGCCCGUGUACUGUGGAUGAACCGCCACCACCGCAUAUGCCACCCCGCCAGGUGUCAGUUCGGGUGGUUGAAGAUCAAAUCAAAGAGGAAGAAUCUCAAACGCCAGUGGUUAUUAAUUUGGUGAAUGUAAGUGAAGGAACCAAUCAAAGAGGUCCACCUAGGUCGAGGUCAACAGGUUUUAGACCGCCGAGGUCAGGAUCAACUGGGAGGCGAUUCACUGGAAUAUUAUUUCCAAGGUCACACUCGACCGGUCACUCGUUGGUUCGACCCGGCGAGAACGUCGAGAAGUUUACACUACGAUUACCAGACGAGGUACGAGCUCAGCUCAUGAACUCGGCCUUGAUUCGUAGCAGGAGUAGCAACGUGGCAUUCCCAAGGGCUGGGAGUACAAGGAAAGGUCUUAGGAAUGACAGCGUGCGUGGAAAGAGCCCCAGUUUGUAUGAGCGGUUCGACCCAAGCUCAGGAUCAAACCGGGCGAGCCGGUCAAGCCGGUGGGGUUUCUCGAUGAUGCCACCUUUUGUUUCUCGGAACGGUUCUGUUAGGAACCAAAUUGGAGAUAAUGACGUGACAACCCAGUCGACAGUUGCUCCAUCGGAAUCGAAGAAAUCACAGUUGGCUCAUAUCGACGGUGAUGAUGAUGAACAGUCAACUGAUGCCUUGCGGAGAAAAGAUCAGGUUUAAAAUAUGUAGCAGUUUAAAUUUGCCUCUACUCAAAUUUUGUGUACAUAUUUAUUUAAAUUUGUUUCUUAAAUUUUUUUGUUCAAAUUGUGAGACAAAACAUGUAAUUAGAGUUCCGCACAAAGUGAAGAAUAAAGUAGUUGGGGGAGCGAGAGUUUGUGAAUCGUGA